GAUACAUAUCUAUAUAUACACAUUUCGCAUAUCCUUUAACCCUCGCAGUACAAUCUUUCGGCGCUUAUCUUCUUCAUGCUUGUACGCAAUUUCUCUCUUCCUUCCUUCCACAACACAUCAAUCUCUCGCUCUCUCCAUCGACAAUCGCUCGCUCAUACUCUUCCAUUUUCCGUUAUUUGUUCAUUUGGGCUUGUAGAUUCGAGGACUUUACUCCUGACUUUCACUUUCCUUUUUCGUUAAUGCUCUCAGGUAUUUAGUUUGUCUGCUUUUAUCUAGAAGUUCAUGGGCUAAAUCUGGCAUUUCAUGGGAGGUAUAGAAGACGCUGAACCACCUUUGAAACGUGUUAAAGUUCCUUCAGGAGAAUCUGAAAAAUCAUUAGACAACUCAUCUUAUACAGAGUCCAUAUCUAACCCUUUGGGAGACUCAAUGGCUAGACUGUUAUACUCCCAAGGAGAUGGAGAAAGGGUUGGUCCAAAAGGAGUUAUCAAGAAGAAUGAAUUUGUCAAAAUUAUAACUAGGGCGUUAUACUCCCUUGGAUAUGACAGGACUGGGGCUCUUCUGCAGGAGGAAUCUGGGAUACAGUUGCAUUCGUCAGCAGUAAGUUUGUUUAUGCAACAAGUGCUGGAUGGAAAAUGGAGUGAAAGUUUGAAAACAUUACACACCAUUGGUCUUUCUGAUGAAUCAAUUGUGAAAUCAGCAUCUUUCUUGAUAUUAGAACAGAAGUUUUUAGAGCUUUUAAAAGAGGGAAAACUCAUGGAUGCUCUAGGUACUCUAAGGAAUGAGAUUGUGCCUCUUUCUUUUAAUACAGAACGGGUUCAUGAACUUGCUUCCUGCAUUAUCUCACCUUCCCAGACUGUUGUAUUUGGUCAUGAUAAUAUUGGUGCAAAUCCAAGAUCAAGAUUUCUGGAGAAAUUGGGGAAGUUGCUUCCUGCAGCAGUUAUGAUUCCUGAAAGAAGGUUGGAACAUCUUCUUGAGCAGGCUCUUGAUGUGCAGAGACAUAAUUGCGUGUUCCACAAUACUCCGGACAGUGAGCUAUCCUUAUUGUCAGACCAUCUUUGUGGAAAAAAUCAGAUUCCUUCUCGGACAUUAAAGGUACUCCAUGCACAUGAGGAUGAAGUAUGGUUUUUGCAAUUUUCUCAUAAUGGGAAAUAUUUGGCUUCGUCAUCCAAGGAUCAAUUAGCAAUAAUAUGGGAGGUCAAAGAUAGUAGUGGUGAAGUGGUAUUGAAGCACAGAUUAACCGGUCAUCAGAAACCAGUGUUGACUGUUUCUUGGAGCCCUGAUGAUAAUCAGCUCCUUACUUGUGGGUUGGAGGAGGCCGUUAGACAAUGGGAUGUUAAUUCUGGCGAAUGUCUCCAUAUUUAUGAAAGAAGACCUGGUAUUGGUCUGGUAUCCUGUGGAUGGUUUCCAGAUGGUAAGGGUGUAGUCUCUGGGAUGACAGACAAAGGCAUCUGCCUGUGGGAUAUAGAUGGAAGAGAGCUGGAAUGCUGGAAAGGGCAGCGGACGAUCAAAAUGUCAGACAUGGCUAUAACUGAUGAUGGGAAAAGGAUCAUAAGCAUUUGCGGAGAAACUGCAAUAUUGUUGCUUGACAGGGAAGCAAAAUUUGAGAGACUAAUUGAAGAGGAGGAAAUGAUUACUUCUUUUUCAUUAUCAAAGGACAACAAGUUCUUAUUGGUUAAUCUCAUAAACCAAGAAAUCCAUCUUUGGAGCAUAGAAGGCGAUGUAAGGAUCGUCUCCAAGUAUAAAGGUCACAGACGUACUCGAUUUGUCAUCAGAUCUUGUUUUGGUGGAUUUGAGCAAGCAUUUAUUGCCAGCGGGAGCGAGGAUUCACAGGUAUACAUAUGGCAUAGAGGCACCGGGGAACUGAUAUCAGCGCUGCCUGGGCAUUCUGGAGCGGUUAACAGUGUUAGUUGGAAUCCAAGAAAUCCACACAUGUUGGCCUCUGCUAGCGAUGAUCAUACAAUCCGAAUAUGGGGUCUAGAUGAUCUGAGGUCCGUAGGGACCCACAGCAAUGGAAUCGUUCACCUGUGCAAUGGAAGAGCUUGAGUUGGCUGAAUUCUUCUUCAUGGUAGAUUCGGGGAGGGCCACUCACUCUCGAGCUUUAUUUAAAUUUGUAUAAAUUUCCCUUUUCACUGGCUUCUCUUUUUGGCAGCUGAAGCAGGCAAAAACCAUGUCAAUUAUGCACAGCCUGCUUAUCUGCCAAUAAUCUUUGUAACUCAAUUGUCAUUGGUUUUUUAUAUGCUUACUUGGGUUGUUGUGGUCGGGCUAGUGCAAUACAGAUCACCUUAAAAAUUUUACUUCUCUU